AACGACUGGUGGAGUUUCAAGCUCACGGAACGGCUCUUUCCGUAAACUCAACCCCGUGCUAGCGUCGAUGCAGGAACGAGCAAUCCGGGGAAAGAGGUCCAUGAUGAUGUCAACGACGCAACGUCUGAAAUCGCAACACCAAAUACAAACACUCUUCGCGAAAGAGGAGCAACAUCAGCGAGCGCGUGCGACUCCUUCACCACCUGGCACUUCGCGACACUGCAACGUGCAUGCUUGGCGCAUCGAGACUGCUACUCCCUUUGGCCUUUCGUCGAUUGCCUCCACCGCGACAACCACAAUCACUCGUACGCGCUUUCUCGUCCAAGAUGGCACCGAAAAGAAAAGCGACAUCGCCCGUACGACCGUCUCCCACCAAAAAGCCCAAAGCUGAGAAUGCCGUCUCCAGCCACCUCAGCCCGGCUGAGGAAGCCGGCAUCAUCCAACGCGAAUUCUAUCCGCCGGAAAUGAGCAACGCGCGCUGCGAGCAGUACCACAAAGGCGAAAUCCCGCGACCGAUGGACGUGCUGCAUUCGAAGAUCAAGGACACAAAAGCCCAACGUGAGACGAUCAAAGUCGGCGAGAGCGUGGUCCACUGGUUCAAGCGUGACCUCCGCAUGUUCGAUAAUCGAGGACUGAGUCAGGCCAGCGAGAAAGCAAAGGAGGCUGGCGUGCCGUUGAUUUGCAUGUUCGUCGUCAGCCCGCAAGACUACCAAGCGCAUCUCACAAGUAAGGCUCGGGUCGAUUUCGACUUGAGGACGUUGGAGGUGCUGCGAGCGGAUCUUGGAGAACUCGAUAUACCGCUGUACACUACCACCAUCGACAAGAGGAAAGACGUGCCCUCGCACAUCCUGCAGAAGUUCCAGGAGUGGGGCGCAAAGCACGUUUUUUGCAACAUCGAAUACGAAGUCGACGAGCUGAGGCGAGAGACGAAGUUGAUUGACACCUGUUUGCAGCAAGGCGUCGACUUCUCGCCCGUUCACGAUGAUGUUGUGGUUGCUCCUGGCAGCAUCUCGUCGGGUACUGGCAAGCAGUAUUCCGUCUACUCUCCCUUCUUCAAAUCCUGGGUCAAGCACGUGCACGAGCAUCCACACUUGCUCGUUGAGUCGCCGGCGCCGUCUGCAAACCCUGAAGCCGCCAGGAAGAAAUUCAAGGCACUCUUUGAUUGCGAGAUCCCAUCGGCUCCCGCAAACAAAAGCCUGUCUGCCGAGGACCGUGAGCGCCUUGCGAGCUUCUGGCCCGCCGGAGAACACGAGGCCCGCGAUCGACUGGACCGCUUCCUGGCAGAAAAGAUCAAGUCGUACCAAGCCGUUCGCAACCUUCCAGCAGCCAACUCCACUUCGCUUUUGAGCCCGCAUCUCUCCGCCGGCUCACUGGCAGCUCGUACCGCUGUCCGCCUAGCACAACAAGCCAACAGCAGUAAGAGGCUUGACGGAGGCAGCGCAGGCAUCACCACGUGGAUCUCGGAGGUUGCGUGGCGCGACUUCUACAAGCACGUCAUGGCGCACUGGCCGUACAUCUGCAUGGGCAAGGCGUUCAAGUACGAAUACUCGAACAUCGAAUGGGAGUACGACGAUGAAGCCUUCCGCCGCUGGACAGAGGGCACAACCGGCUUUCCCAUUGUCGAUGCAGCAAUGCGGCAAGUCAAAACAAUGGCGUGGAUGCAUAACCGCUGCCGUAUGAUUGUUGCGUGUUUCCUUGCCAAGGACCUGAUGCUAGACUGGCGGAUGGGGGAGAAGUACUUCAUGGAGAAUCUGAUCGACGGCGACUUUGCCUCGAACAACGGCGGCUGGGGCUUCUCCGCCUCUACCGGCGUGGAUCCCCAACCGUACUUCCGCAUCUUCAAUCCGCUGCUGCAGAGCGAGAAGUUCGAUGAGAGUGGGGAGUACAUUCGGAAGUGGGUGCCGGAGCUGAAGGGCAUUGAGGGCAAGGCGAUCCAUGAUCCUUAUGGGCGAGGGGCGCAGAAGCAGGCGGAGAAGGCUGGGUAUCCCAAGCCCAUGCUGGAUCACAAGAAGUGCAGGGAACGGGCAUUGGAGAGGUACAAGGUGGGAUUGGGCAGGUCGACUGCGAACGUAGGGGGAGGAGUGCACAAUUGAGGAGUGCUCACGUGACGACAUGUUUGGUCGGGUGAUAUGUCUCGCUGCGUAAGAAGACAUGCCGCGCGGCUUACAUAACUCAGCGUAGCCUCUGUAUACAGUACUCACUGUCGAGC